GAGCGGGACUCCUGAUGACAUAGCUGGCAGUUGAGAGAACUGGGUUAGCGUUAGGUUUCAUUAUCUGAUCACAUCGGUUUGGAGUUCAGUUUUGAAAGGUUGACUAGCUCAACACUCCGGGGUGGGGGCAGAUUCUGCCGACAUCAUGGUGAAAUUAUCCGAAGCGACACUUUGCCUUUGUUUGUUGACUGUGUUAGAGACAACAGUUUUCUUGGGAACUUGUUCACCAGCUAGCGUUACGGAUUUUGACGAUGACGCUUUCACCAUACAGCACUCAAGCACAGAGAAGUGCCUGGGUACAGGGGAUUUAGCAGACUUGACUCUCACCUCCUGCGACCCAAACAGCAGGUCUCAGCUCUGGAAGUGGGGUUUUGGUCGCCAUCUCUUUCAUGUGGCCACGUCCCGCUGCUUGGCGUUGGACGUCAGCUCUAAGGAAUUGUCCCUGGUUGACUGUGUCUCCAGCGUCCUACUGAGGUGGCAUUGCCUGGAUGGAGCUGUUUACACUGUUAAUCAAAUGGGCCUGACGGUCAGCGAUAAGAAAGUUGCCACCAAACGUGAUACUAAUGAUACUUGGGUGAUAGGAGGAUCCCAGGAUGACAUCUGCCAGAAGCCAUACCGCGUUAUCUACACCACUGGUGGGAACUCUGCCGGCGCUCCCUGUGAGUUCCCCUUCAAACACAAUGGCAGCUGGCAUCACGGAUGCCUCCCAGAUGCAGAUUUCCCUGGACUGUCCUGGUGUGUCACCUCAUCCGAAAAUGCGAAAGAUGGAAAAAGGGGACACUGUCUAACACCUGAGAACGGUUGCCACACUCUGUUUGCUGGGUCAGAAGGGGAAUCCUGCUAUGAGUUUGUUUCUAGUGCCGCGGUGACCUGGCAGGAAGCUUUGGAUUCAUGUCGUAGUCAGGGAGCUAAUCUGCUGAGUGUGUCAGAACCCAAUGAUCUCCACUCCAAAACCUUUUUACACGGCUUUGCCAAAAUGCCUGAGAGGAUGUGGAUCGGCCUUCACCGGUUAGACACAUCUCAGGGCUGGCAGUGGUCAGAUGGCUCCGCUCUCUCCAUCCUGCGCUGGGAGACAGGAAUGCCAUCCACCUCCGAGAUUGUUGAGUCAGAUUGUGGAGUCCUGAACUCCAAACAGAACUACGAAUCGGAGUCGUGCGACAAACGGUUGCCAUACAUCUGCAAGAAGAGUGUCAAUGCCUCUCACGCAGCAACAACAGAGUAUUUUGUAUAUAAAGAAACGGAGUGUGCAGACGGUUGGGUCCCAUGGAAUGGCUGGUGUUACAAGUUGGUGAAGGACCCUAGGAUUUGGGCAGAUGCCAAGCUGCACUGUAACAACACAGAAGGAGGCUUUCUGGCUAGCUUCCACUCCAUUGACAGCAAAGAGAUGAUCAGCACUAAUUUCCAUGCAGAUGGACUUAUUUUGGAUGUGUGGAUCGGUCUGAUGGGUUGGGGCAGUAACACCACUGUCUUCACGUGGAUCGACCAAGCCCCUGUCACUUUCACCUACUGGGACCCAAACCAGCCAGCUCAGCCCACUCAGGAUAACAGCUGUGUCUUCUACUCUGGAGAGCAUCAUGGUUGGAAGGUUGGGAACUGCACACAGAGGCUACCUUUUAUGUGUCAGAAGAAAGGAGAGUUCAGGGAAUCAACGACAAAGGCCGGAUGUGAGGAAGGUUGGAGCAGACACGGCAACUCCUGUUAUAAAGUGAACACCAGACAAGUAUCCUUCAAAGAUCGCUGUAACAUCACUAUAAGAAACAGGUUUGAGCAGGCCUUUAUCAGUCAUCUACUUGGAGAGAAGAUAAGCAAGGAACCUCAGUAUUUUUGGAUAGGGCUGCAGAACAUUAAGAACACAGGGGAGUACCAGUGGAUGAGCCAGGAUGGGUCCCUGGGUGUGGUUACAUACACCAACUGGGGCGGGUCCGAACCAGCUCUUCAUGGAGGUUGUGCAGUGAUUUCCACCGCAAAACCCCUGGGCAAGUGGGAGGUGAAGAACUGUACCUUUUUUAAAGCCGGCACCAUUUGUAGAACAGACCUCAGUCCACCUCCAUCCCCAGAACCAGAGCCGAACCCCAAUGCAACCUGUCCUGUUGGGUGGUUGUCCAGACCAAACAUCAAAUACUGCUAUAAGGUGUUUCAUAAGGAAAGGUUGAGCAGGAAACGCUCCUGGGGGGAAGCUGAGAGGUUCUGUCAGGCUCUGGGAGCCAACCUGCCCAGCUUCACAAAUAAUGGUGAGAUGAGGGCGCUGCACAGCAUCAUCAGGGAUUCCAUCAGUGAUAAUCGGUACUUCUGGGUUGGCCUGAACAGGAGAAACCCAGCCGAUCGCUCGUGGCAGUGGAGCGAUGACCGGCCUGUAUCUAUGGAUGUUUUACACCAAGAUUUCCAUGAGGAUGAUGCAUACAGUCGGGACUGCACUGCAUUCAAGACAAUGAAGAGCACUUUGAAAUACCUGAUUGUGGGUCUGCUUCACGACUUACCUCCCACACCUUUCUAUGCCACACCAUUUCACUGUGAUGCCGAGCUAGAGUGGGUCUGCCAAAUACCCCGCGGAAAGACACCAAAGAACCCAGACUGGUACAAUCCCGGUGGGCACCAUGAGACGUCUAUCUUCGUAGAUGGAGCAGAGUUUUGGUUUGUUAAUGAGCCUAAGCUAAAUUUUGAGGAGGCAAGUCUCUUUUGCAGUGCGAACGGCAGCAAACUGGCUUCACCACUUAGCUUUACUGCUGUGGCACAGAUCCUACAGCUCCUAAAAAACAUUUCAAGUUCUCCCAAGGAAAACUGGUGGGUCAGUAUGAGAGAGCCUGGACGAAUAUUCCCCAUGACGUACAACCAAAUGCUCUUUUAUCAUUCAACUUUUCUGGGCAGAUGCAUCUCCAUCAGCCCUGAAAAAAUCUUUCCAGAGCAUAAUCGCGGUUGCUGGCAGCGAUUGUCCUUUGUGUGUGAGAGACACAAUAUCACAUCAGUGGAGAAAAACCCUCUGGAGCCUCAGCCUGGAGGACUGCCUUGUGAAAAUAACACUCUGUCCUUCAGAAAUAAGUGCUACACACUGAUGGCCAGCAUGAAGCCUGUGUCAUUCAAGAAUGCAAAUGAGGAGUGCCAGACUGUGAGGGGAACCCUGGUCACAAUAUCAGAUCAGGUGGAGCAAGACUUCAUCACUACCCUUGUGCCGCGCCUGAGAAACAUGGAAAGGAUAUGGAUUGGUCUGAAAAUCAAACAUGAAGACCCUGAGUGGGUGGAUCAGUCCCCGGUUAACUACUUAAAUUUUAACCCCCUGCUUCUGGGCAUGAACAAGGCUAUACAAGUCAGUACAUUGGAUCCAGAGAGUAUGAAUUUGUGUGUGUUUAUUAUCAAUAACCCUGACUCUGCCAUGCUGGGUACUUGGGACUAUUCUUCCUGCACACAGUAUCAAAAUGUGGGCAUUUGCCAGCACUAUGCAGAUAAACUAGAGGAGCCCCACAUCCCCACAGAGUCUUUCAGCGUCAAUAAUCACACCAUCUUGCUGCUUGUCAAAAAUCUCACCUGGGUAGAGGCUUCAGAGCAGUGCAGAAUUAAUAACAUGACACUAGCAAGUGUGGGCGAUGCCUUCCUGCAAUCCACUCUCACUGUACACGUGAGUCGUGCGAACAUGCCCAUGUGGAUCGGCCUCUUUAGCGAAGACGGUGGGAUCCACUAUCGCUGGACUGACCACAGUCACACUGUAUUCAGUCGCUGGUCUUCUGAUGUCACCAGUGGCUCGUGUGUCUACCUGGAUACAGAUGGCUUCUGGAAGGCCACAGAGUGUGAGGAGGAGCUAGGAGGCGCUAUCUGCCACAAACCACACGAAGAGAUCAUCACCACACCAGAGGAUGUCACAGUAAAGUGCCCCCAUAAGAUCAAUGGUCCAAACUGGAUCCCCUUCAAAAACAACUGCUACACUUUCCAGUUGGUUGCUUCCAGAUGGGAGCAGUUUGACAAAGGACAGAUUCACGAUACCUGCAAAAAACUUCAUGCAGAUGCAGACAUCCUAACUAUCCGAAAUGCUGAGGAGAACGAGUUUAUUAGGCAGCAACUCGUACCGUUUCAAAACUUGGUCCAGUUUGUGUGGCUGGGGCUGUUCAAAGAUGUCAACGACAAUCAGAUGAAGUGGUAUGAUGGCACAAAUGUCCAAUAUUCCAGAUGGGCAAGAGGCAGACCAGAUGUGGACGGACCAUUUUUAGCUGGUCUCACCGUUGACAGCAACUGGAUUCUCAUUACAAACAAAAAGUUGUUCUCAGAGUUCAAACAAAGGACUGUCGUGACCUGCAAACUGGACAAUGAACCAAAACAGAAAUACAACCAAUCAUCCGAAGAUUUUAAACAUUACGGCAACUUAACUUAUGAGGUUGUAGCCCGAAAGUUGAGUUGGUACCAGGCUCUGAAAGAGUGUGGUCUACGUGGAGGUCACCUGGCAAGUGUCCACGACAUCGAGCACAGCGUACACGUGAAGCUCAUUGCAAAGAUAGACGGCUUCCCGCUCUGGAUUGGCCUAUCAAACCAGGAUGUUAGUGGCUCAGUCUAUGAGUGGUCUGAUGGAACCACAUUUGACUACAAAGCCACCAUCUCUGACUCACAGCAGGGCUCCAGCUCAGAGGCCAGCUGUGUUUUUGUAACCCCUGCUGGAGCUUGGGUGAGGACCAACUGCAGUAUGGCGGUAGACGGAGCCAUCUGCUACACCACCAACAUCACCACCGCUUCCCAAAGAGCCAGACUGCAGGCUGCCCCAAAGACCAAUCACUGUCCUGAAAGCAACGGUAUGUAUUUGUGGGUGCAGAAUCAGGAUAACUGUUACGCCUUCAACAUGAGCUUCUACAAGUACAAAGUUUACAGCAUGGAGCAGGCCAGGGGCAUCUGUCAGAACAUGGAGGCUCAGUUACUGACCAUAAAGUCCACAGAGGAGAAUGACUUUGUGUCAAAGUACAUGUCUGAUGACCCACUCAUCACCAGUCGAGUGUGGCUCGGCAUGGACUUCGAUACUCAAGGUAAGCCUGUAUCCUGGCAGGAUGGCUCAGAUCUGUCUUUUUCUAACUGGAAGCCUGGGGCCUUGAUUACUGGGAAGAAGCCCAAACCCCAGUGUGCCGUCAUGAUGGCAGCAGAUAAAGGAAUCUGGAAUCUUGUUAACUGCACGGAUAGCUACAGCCGUGUCGUCUGCAAAACUGAAGCAAAGUCUGCAGGCUCUCCUGUGGCACUAGGUCUCUUCAUCGUGGUCGUCCUCGCUCUCCUUUUAGCCAUCGGCUUUGUCAUCUAUAAGAAGAAAAGAUCCCACUUCUCUUCUACUGUCCGCUACAAGCGGACCUUUGAUGAAUCAGACAGCACAAGUAUUAUUACAGAAGCUGACUGAGCUUGCUUAAGUAAUCAGCCUCAGGGAAUAUUGAAGUGCCUGCCUCAUUUGCAUUUUAAUACUUUUCAGCAAGAGCACAUGCCGUCUUCCCUUUUUUAAAAUAAUUUAUUUAUCCUGCUCCAGCCCGCUUAAGGAAUUAUGUGUAAAACUGUAAAUACUGUUAGAGAAUUGUGAAUAUCCACAAAUUUUGUUUCUUAAUAUGGGUUAUUUAAAUUAUGUUUAUUAAAAGCCCUGUUUUACAUCUAAUUUAAAUGAAUGGGCUGAUGGUUUCUGGGAAAUGUUGAUCGUUGACAUUAGUGGGACUGGGAGUUCUUUUUGUUUGGAUUAGUAAAAAGAUUUUGAGUUGAUUUACAGAAAUAUGCAACGUGACAAAACACUCUUAUUCAGCCUUAUAACUGGGGUUAAAUUGCACUGAUGUAUUAGUGACUCCAAACUAUCACAAACAAAAUGUGCAUUUUUUUUAUACUGUAUAUACCAUGACGCAGUCUAUUCCAGUUGUAUUUCUACAGAAGGUGAUUUAAAGUCAGUAACAAUUAAUCGGUACAUUAAUAGACUAAAAAGGCCAGUUGACCUGAAAAUACAGUAAAACUUAUUUUUCUUUGACUUUGUAGUUAUGUUAUAUAUCUAGAUAUUUUCUCUAAAAAUACUCAUAAUGCUGCCAAAAAGGAAGAAACUCUUUACAUAGUUUUGUGGAACUUUGUGGUCCACUUUAUUGGCCUGAGCUACAGCUGAUAUUGUCAUUGAAAACUGUGCCUUUUAACAUCUUUACUUCAGAAAGAUGUUUUUUAAGCCACCAGAUUAGGUUAUUAUAAUUUCAAUAUAUAAAUGAAACAUCUUGAAAUCUGAAAUUUAAGUCUACUGAUUAGUUUUAAAUGUGCAGGACACUGUCUUAGCCUCAAAAUUUAUGAGACGCCUGUUUCUAUCAUUUGUCUGUUUAUGUAGAUUGGACUUUGCAAUGCACUUAACUACUGAGCAAGAGCGCACUUUAAUAUGUUGCGGAGAUACAGCUCCUAUGUUUAAGCACAAUGACAGAGUUUCUGAAGAUGUUCAAAUUGCACUGUUUGCUGUGAAUGCUUUGUAAAUAUGUGAUGUUUGUUUUAUAACUGAGAAUGAACCAAAGAUGCGGAGUCAUUUGAAUGUUAAAAGCCUGAGCUUUCCUUUCAGUCUGUGGAACUGCCUCAAUGGCUUGUUAACCCAUUGUAAACCAAAUGUUAGUGGGUUAUUUUUUUACCCCUCCACCCACUCCCUAAUAGAUCUGCUUACAUCAUGGUACAGCAUCCUUCAAAUAAAAUUUCCUGUCUUAAAUCUUAA